AAAAAGUGUAUGUGGAGGAAAAAAAACUUUAGGAGAACAAAGAAAUCAGAGUCUAUUUAAAGAGAAGUAGCCCCGGAUCCGGCAGCCGUGUGACUCCCGGCUUUGCGCACCCCUCACAGCUGCGCCAAACCCAGCCUGCCUGUGCACCACCAGUGCUCCCGACGGCGGUGAGGAUGCGAACUUCUCUGGUCGUGUGCUGCUGCGUCUUCGCGCUACAAUGCCUCCAGAGCACGCUUUGUCUUCCAGUGCGGGGAUCCAGCAGGUACAAAGUGGCACCGGUCUCUGAAAAGUUCCCCGACUUGAAGAAGAGGGGGAAGGUUCCUCACGCUCAAGAUCUAGUAAAGGAGAUGACGAACACCUCUAACACGUGGAACCGACCUCGCUGUGGCGUACCGGACUACCCCGCCCACAAAGAGGUGCAUUAUCGGGGGCGACAGAGACGCUUCGUCCUGUACGGAGGACGUUUGGAGAAGACAGACCUCACCUACAGGAUCGUCCGGUUUCCCUGGCAGAUAGGUGAGGAAAAGGUUCGACGUGCCUUUCGGGAAGCGUUGAAAAUCUGGAGCGACGUCACCCCGCUCACCUUCACUGAGAUCCACAAUGGGAAAGCCGACAUCCACAUCGACUUCACAAGGUACUGGCACGGAGACAACCUUCCCUUCGACGGCCCGGGCGGGAUUCUCGCUCACGCCUUCUUCCCAAAAACACACCGACAGGGCGACGUUCACUUUGACUACGACGAGUCAUGGACCCUCGGAAACCACAUGGGCACAGACCUUCUCCAGGUUGCUGCCCAUGAGUUUGGGCACGUCCUGGGCCUGCAGCACUCCAGCGAGCCAGGAGCCAUCAUGUCGGCAUACUACUCCUUCUCCUACCCGCUGAGGCUGAGCGUGGACGACAAGCGAGGCAUCCAGUACCUGUACGGAGAUCAUCCACAAGUCCUGCCCUCACCGCCGCCCCCGCCUCCGCCACCAUCAAACCCAGAGACCAAUGAGAUCCUUCCGAAUCCCGACGCCUGUCAGACGGACUUUGAUGCCGUGUCUAUAAUCCGAGGGGAGCUGUUCUUCUUUAAGUCGGGCUACGUUUGGCGGAUCAGGGACGGGCAUCUGCAGAGCGGUUACCCAGCGCUGGCCUCCCGUCACUGGAGGGGGAUUCCCGACAACAUUGACGCCGCCUUUGAAGACAAGUCUGGGAAUAUUUGGUUCUUUCAAGGUGAGAACUACUGGGUGUUCGAUGCUGAGAUGCAAAUCAGAGGGCCGGAGUCCAUCAGGAAUUUGGGUCUGUCAGUGUCCGGGAUCCAGGCGGCGCUGCGCUGGGGUGACGACUCCAACUACAACACCUACUUCUUCAAGUCAGGCAGCUACUGGAGGUUCAGCGCCCGCGAGAACCGGGUUGAGUCUGUUUACCCGCGCAGCAUGCAGGACUGGAGCGGCAUCCCCAACGACGUGGACGCCACUUUCAGGGACGUCUACGGCUACGCUCAUUUUAUCCGAGGACGACAGUACUGGAAAUUCGAUCCCGUUGGCAUGAACUCUUUGGAGGGCUACCCUCGCUACGUCGGCAUGGAUUUUUUCGGCUGUAGAAAUGUGUGAGUCUUUAACUGUGGAGAAUCACACUAACAGAUUUUUUUUUUUGACUAUGAAGAGUUCUUGGAGCAGAGGCGUUUGUGUGUCCAUCCUGGGGAUUCAAGAGGGAUGAGACGAUCUCCUUUAAAUCUGUUUAUGCUUUACUCCAUUUAUUGAAUUACACCUUCUCAGGAAAACCAAGUUAUGUUUCCUCAGACUUGGCACCUCCUGUGCAGCUAUACUCAUAUUUAUUUUGCAAAUUUUUGUCACCAUCAGGCUGAGAUUUGGGCCCCUGUAGUAAUGACGUGUGAUGCUGCAUCAUUCUCACUUCCUGUCUUUGCGCCUAAAAUUGAGAUUUUCCCACUUGUUUUGGUUCGCAGACAGAACAAGCACAGACUGUAGAGGAUGUUUUCCAUUUCAGCUCUUCUGUUUUUUUUUCAUCAUGGAUGGACUCUCUGAUCCUCAAGUGUUUAAGGGUGACAUCAAACUUAAAGCUGCAGUAGGUAGAUUUGAACAUUUGGUGCAGCGGGUUAACUUUAGUUUUAAUUCUGUAACUUUAAACCUAGAAAUCCUUCAACAUUGAGGCCAGUAAACACAAGUUUAAGGAUGUGAUUACACAUGCAGUUGAUUUUCCUGCCAGCCUCACUCACACUGUACAUGAACCAGAACAUAUAAACAAAAGUCGCAUCACUUUUAACACACAGUUGUAACUUUGACCGAGCAUGACGACUCAGCUUUCAAAGUAUUUGGCGUUUAAUGUCCUGAAGUGAGUCUCUCAGGCAGCACUCACUAUCAUGCUGUGUAGUCAAGUUUACAUUGAAAUGUGAAGCAAAUUUUCACUGAAUUUUCAAAGAAUUGGC